GGCAGUUAUGGCGGUGAUAGCGUGAGAGUAAAAUAACUCGGGACAUCUGCUUAACAUUGCGACGAUGUCAAGUGACUCAAUUACACGAUUAUCGGCAUUUUGUCAGCCUCACCCGGGGUAUUUUCUCUUGACACCCAGAGCGACUUCGCAAGCAAGUGAUAAGAAAUCAUAAACAUGGGCAAAAUCCACAAAAAUUCUCAGUUGCCUCCGAUCUCCCAGGAAGUGAAGAUGCUCCGUAGCAAUUUUCUCACUUGUCAGCUCGAGAUUCUCCGCAGAGUCUCGAAACGCUUCAUCAACAGUGAAAACUUCAGUCUUCCUCUGGGGCGACUGAGUGUCAACGACAGUGAUCAAGUGGUCUCACUAGACUAUGGCAAUCGCCAUAUGAAGUUCCCUGUUGUGUGGCUGAGGGACAAUUGCCAGUGCUCUCAGUGCUUCCACAAGCAAAGUCAGAGUCGCAUCAUCAAUUGGUAUAAGUUCGACGUGCAUCCCAAAUUGCAGACGAUUGUUUGGAAUGAUCAUCAGAAGAAUCUCUCAAUUAAGUGGGAGGACAAACAUGAAUCAGUAUUUGACGUGGACUGGCUGAAGAAACGUGAUUUCACACCAAAGAACCAGGAAGAGUAUCUCGCCAAGACUUAUCGUCCCAUUAGGAAGUCAUGGAGAAAGGACGAUUUCUCCAGCAUCUUCCAUUCCUUUGACUAUAACGAUGUGAUUAACACUGAUGCAGGACUGAGAGAUUGGCUGGAGUCUCUGGCCAUUAAUGGCGUGGCCAGGAUUACGAAUGCCCCCAAGGAUGAGGGAGUUUGUCGUCUAGUCGCUAAUCGUGUAGGAUUUAUUAAAAAGACCCACUUUGGUGAGGAAUUUAUUGUCACGCAUAAACCGGACACAACCAACAGAGCUUACCUUUCAUCUGAACUCCAACUGCACACGGAUCUUCCUUACUAUGAAUACAAACCAGGAGUGAAUCUUCUGCAUUGCAUGGAACAAUCCUCUUCUACAGGAGGCACUAAUCUUCUCAUUGAUGGUAUGAAUAUCGCUCGUAUGAUGAAGGAAAUGUAUCCGGAAUACUACAAGCUCCUGAAAACCGUCCCAGUUGAUUGGACGGACGUUGGAACUGAACUGGGAGAGGAAAUGCACAACAUUUACAGAGUUCCAGUUUUCCAAAUGAAUGAGCGAGAUGAAUUGAUUCGUAUAAACCACAGUACUCCUCAACGUGGAAGUCACUUUACGGUUCCUCUUGGUCUCGUGAAGCCUUGGUACGAGGCAUUCGAUACCUUUGUCAAGCUGGCGAGGACGGAAUGUGCUGAAUUCAAGACUGAAGCCGGAAACAUUCUUACCUUCGACAAUGUCCGUCUGAUCCACGGCAGGGACGCUUAUGAUGACACAUCAAAGAAUGUUCGCUACAUUGUUGGAGCCUAUCUUGAUUGGGACAUUAUCUUCAAUCGUUUGCGUCUCAUAAGCGUUAAAGAUUAGCAAUCAUCCUCUAAAGUUCU